AUGGCGGGUGAUUUAUUGCCAUUCUUGGCCAUGGUCAUUACACAAGUUGGCUUUGCCGGCAUGAACAUCAUAGCUAUGCUCGCCAUGGAUUCCGGUCUGAACCCGUUCAUUCUCGUCGCUUACCGCCAAAUCUUCGCCACCAUAGCCAUCAUCCCCUUCGCUUAUUUCUUGGAAAGAAAGACAAGGCCAAAGAUGACACUGCAAGUUCUCUUCCAAAUUUUCUUAUCUUCCAUUUUUGGUGUAACUUUGAACCAGAUCACUUACUUCGUUGGGUUGAAAAACUCCACCCCAACAAUUGCUUGUGCAUUGUCAAAUUUACUCCCGGCAGUCACUUUUCUCCUCGCCAUCCCUUUCCGCUUGGAAAGUGUGGGAAUUAAGACUAGGGCAGGACAAGCCAAGGUUCUUGGAACAAUAAUGUGUGUAGGUGGUGCCAUGUUUCUAUCAUUUUACAAUGGACAUAGUGUGCCAAUAGGUGAAUCAAGCAUUCACUGGAAAUAUGCAGACAAUAUGGGAGAAGGAAAUUCUAGUAACAAUGGGAAUUUCAUCUUAGGCCCUUUUCUCCUAAUAGCAAGCUCUGUCACUUGGGCAAUAUGGUUCAUUAUCCAAGCCAAAAUGAGUGAAAACUAUGCAGCUCCAUACACAACCUCGGCUCUGAUGUGUCUGAUGGCCAGUGUUCAGUGUGGCAUUAUUGGCUUGUGCGUCGAGCAUAAUGUAUCUGCAUGGUCAUUGACCUCUGGCAUUAGGGCUGUUACUUGCCUAUACGCCGGACUAGUGUGUUCUGCUCUAGCAAUCUGCCUCAUGUCAUGGUGCAUACAAAGGAAAGGUCCUCUUUACGUGUCCGUGUUCAGCCCAUUGCUUCUUGUCAUUGUGGCUAUUCUCAGCUGGGCACUAAUUCGAGAGACACUAUACGUUGGAACUGUUGUAGGGUCUGCAUUGAUUGUUAUGGGGCUAUAUGCUGUUCUCUGGGGAAAGAACAAGGAGAUGAAUCCGAAGAGCAGAAUUGUGGCAGCAGCAGAAGAUGAUCAGAAGCAAGACGCGAAAGCCGACUUGGAAUUGCAGUUACCUGUGCAAUCAAAUGGCAUUAAUCUUCAUGCGACAAGCUAA